UUUCAUCUAAACCCAUUUAUUUACUAUGUCCUUUGUUUGUAUUAUAUGAUUUCUAAUUUUUGAUUUCAUCUAAACCUGGAAUUUUUUUGAUUUCUAGUUUGUAAAACUGUAAUUAUCUAGUUAGUUGGAAAAACAAGUUAAAUUUUGUUUAGGGUUUUUUGAGUUAUUUUCAAUUGGAAUUUUUGAUCUGACUAACGGCAAGGAUUUGAGCACCAAAAUACAUGGUAUGUCGUUUUAUACUAUUGGCAGACUAUACGAGCAUGGUGUUACAUUAAGGGCUUUCUUAUUAUUUGUUGCUACUUGACUCUUCGUGUUAUCGAUCACAUUUUAUCUGUUAGUUUUAUGUGUUGUCACUGUCUGCCCUGUUGCAUUUGCCUAAUUUCCAUGAACUUCCACUCUACAAACUUGUUCAUCAGUGUGAAAACACUCUUAGAGAACUCAAACCCCAAUGCCGCAACUAGUUGUCUCUGUAUGUAAUUAGCCACCUCAUUACACUCUGCUAAUUUUAACACCUCAUAAACAUGAACAUUUAAAUUUUCAAGAUAAACUUAGGCAAAACAGCUCUUCCAACAUUGUCCAUGUCCUUUAAUCUUAACUCACAGAAUGUAAUAAAGAUCAUAAUUCUUAGUUUAAGUUCAUAAUCAAGAACCAAUAAAAGGGACUUGACAAAAGUAAGAACAAGGCUCUGAAAAUGCUACCACCUUCAAAAGCAACUAACACGAAAUAUGAUUCAGAUCUAAGAAGUGUGCCCUGAAUAUCACAUGCAACUGCUUCUGAUUUUCGUCCAUGUAAAGUACACUUGCUUAUACGGUGGUACAAAGGAAUUUGAUGAGAUGAUCUAAAUGAUGAGUUUCUAGAAAAGAAACCAGAGUCUUUAACUUUCAUUGCAACUCUAUAACAUGAUUUUUUUAUUAAGAGUAUGUAAACCAAUUUUAUAUUAUUUAUUUUGGUGUCAUAUAGUAAAAGUAAUUUAAUGGAUAACAGAGAUAAAAGAUGGAUGGGCCUCCGAAGGUCAACUGAUAAGUACAUAUAAGGAAUGAAUAAAUUUCUUGAUAAAGCAUUUGAACGAGCUUCCCAAGGAAAUCAGAUAUUAUGCCCUUGUAAAGAGUGCGCUAAUUGUUUUUGGCAUCAUAGGAAUGUGGUGGAAGACCACUUGAUUGUUAAUGGUUUUGUUCAUGGAUACAACAAAUGGGUUUUCCAUGGAGAAGGACUUUCCUCGAGAAAGACUCCAUGCCCAAGCAGUAAUGAUGAUGGUUCUGACAUGUAUGAUGAUAUUGAUGUAUUACUUCAUGAUAUAUUUCGAAAUGUAGAGGAUGAUUUGGGACAUAAAGGAGUGAGUGAUGGACCAUCGGAAGAUGCAAAAAGAUUCUUUAAAUUAGUAGAAGAAGGGAAAGAAGAAUUAUAUCUAGGGUGUGAGAAUUUCUCCAAAUUAGGUUUUACGAUUCUGUUGUACUUGUUUAAAUGCAUUCAUGGGAUGAGUAAUGUGGCAUUCACAGACUUGUUGGAGUUGUUAAAAGAGACAUUUUCAUUUGCUCAGUUACCCGAAUCUUUCUACAAGGCAACAAGCAUGAUAAAAGAUUUGGGUCUUCAUUGUGAAAAAAUACAUGCAUGUCCUAAUAAUUGCAUGUUAUUUUGGAAUGACAAUGUAAAUGCAGAUAAUUGUUCUAUUUGUGGGUCUUCUAGAUGGAAGAAUGUUGUUAAAGUCUUGACUAAUAAAAAGACCAAAACCCCUGCAAAGGUUUUAAGGUACUUUCCAUUGAAAGGAUAUUCAUGUGUCCUGAAACAGCUAUAGUUAUGAGAUGGCAUGCCACUGAAUGACCGAAUGAUGGUAAUAUAAGACAUCCUGCUGAUGGUGAUGCUUGGAAGGAAUUUGACUCCUUACACCCUGAAUUCUCUAGCGACCCUCACAAUGUUAGAUUGGGUCUUUCAAGUGAUGGUUUCAACCCGUUUUGAAUAAUGAGCAUUUCCCAUAGCACGUGGCAUGUUAUGUUAAUGAACUAUAAUCUUUCGCCUUGGAUUUGCAUGAAGUCAGAGUAUAUAAUGUUGUCAAUGAUCAUCCCAGGUCCGUCAUCUCCGAGAAAUGACAUAGAUGUGUAUCUACAACUACUAAUUGUUAAAUUGAAGGAACUAUGGGAAUUCGGUGUAGAAACAUUUGAUGCCGAAUCCAACCAGAUGUUUCAAAUGCGUGCAGCGUUAAUGUGGACAAUUAGUGAUUUUCCUACACUAGCAAUGCUUUCUGGAUGGAGCACAAAGGAAAAUUUUGCAUGCCCCACUUGUAAUUAUGGAACAUGCUCUCAAUAUCUCAAGCAUAGUCGUAAGAUGUGCUACAUGGGUCAUCGGGCAUUUUUGCCUCAUGAACAUCCAUUCCGAAGAGAUAAGAAAUCAUUUGAUGGUAAGGAGGAUCAUAGACUUGCACCUACUCCUUUGUCGGGUACAGAAGUCCUCGAAGAGCUGCGUGAAUUAAAGAAUGUCUUUGGAAAGGUCCAAAAGAAAAGGUCUCGGGAUAACAAGUGUCCAUGGAAGAAAAGAUCCAUCUUCUUUGAACUUCCAUACUGGGAAACUAAAAAAUUGAGGCACAAUCUUGAUCCGAUGCACAUUGAGAAAAAUAUAUGUGAUAGUAUUCUUGGGACAUUAUUGGAGAUAUAUGGAAAGUCAAAAGAUCAUGUAAAUUCUCAUUACGAUUUGCAAGAAAUGGGAAUACAAAAAGAGCUUCAACCAAUACAAGAUGUUGUUAGUGGAACAAUUUCUUUGGCUAAAUCUUGUUUCUACAUGAAUCCAGAUGAGAAAAGGCGAUUUUGCACCGUCUAUAACAAUGCCAAAUUGCCAAAAAGUUUGUGCCUCGAAUAUAUCACGUUAUGUGCAUGAGAAAGAGAUGAAAAUAUCGGGAUACAAGAGUCAUGAUGCUCAUUUUAUAAUACAUUACUUGCUCCAAGUUGCUGUUAGAAAAUCGUUACCCAAGAAUAUUUCUUUGGCAUUGAUUAGGUUGGGCAACUUCUUUAGAGCCAUAUGUGCUAAGGUUAUAAGGCAAGAGGAUCUUGAUAGAUUGCAGACUGAAAUUAAUGAUAUUACAUGUGAGCUUGAAAUGAUUUUCACUCCAACCUAUUUUGAUAUAAUGUCUCAUUUGCCUGUUUAUUUAGUAAAUGAAAUUAAUCUUGGGGGUCCAACUCAUUGUCGUUGAAUGUAUUCCACUGAAAGAAACUUGUGCAAGUAUAAGGCGUUUGUUCGUAAUCGAGCUCAUCUAGAAGCGUCAAUUGCAGAGGGAUUUUUGGCCGAAGAGUGCUUGACUUUUUGUUCGAGAUAUCUACAUGAUGGGGUGAAGACAAGAUUUAGUAGGUACCAAACUGAGGAUGAUGGGGACAUUGAAGGAGCAAAAUUGUCACCUAUAUUUCCUAAAAUUGGCCAUCCAAUUGGAAGUAAGAAAAAGAGAAAAGGAAAGAUUUUCCUCAUGGAUUUGCAGUUAUGUUCUGAGGCACAUAAAUAUGCUCUCUUCAAUACUGAAGAUGAACAAGCGGAGGUGUUUAUCAUGGAACAUAAAAAUUUAAUUGAUAAUCGUACUAGAUCAAACGUGUGGGUAAGAGCAAGAAAUCAUAGUCGAAACUUUGGUUUAAAGGGAAAGUAAAAGGCAUUGACGUGCCCAACCAUUUGUGAUGGCUAGCUAAAGGACCUAAUACAUUGGCCAAAUGAUAUACUGGAUAUUUUAUCAACGGCUACUUGUUUCAUACAAUGACGUGGGAUGCCCCGUUGAAGACUCAAAAUAGUGGAGUGACUUUGUCAGCAAUAACUGAUAGUUUUGCUAGUGCUAGGGACCAAAAUCUCAUUGAUGGAGAGGUUCUUUACUAUGGAGCUAUUCAGGAUAUCAUUGAGAUUGAUUAUUGGGGCCGCUUUAGUGUUGUACUAUUUAGAUGUGAUUGGUUUCGUAAUAAAGUAGAUGAAUAUGGGUUAACUCGGGUAUACUUUAACCGAUUAUGUAGUACUGAUGACUCGUUUGUGUUGGCAUAUCAAGUACAUCAAGUUUUUUAUGUGGAGGAUCCAAUUGAGAAAGAUGUUUAUGAUGCAAGCAAUAAAGUCCUUGUUGAUUUGUAUGAUUUGGAGGAAGAGAAUAUUCCUAAUGUUGGGGAGACAUUUUGGAGAGAGCCUAAUGAUGAAGCAGGUCCAUCAACUAGAUUAGCUGAUAUUGAUUUUAGAUGGUCGAGAGAAGAUGUAUCUCUUGAUGUUAUUGAUAUGCCAACUGAUGCACAACAUUCAUAAGAUACAAUUAUGGAAACAUCAGAAGAGGAGAAUUUAGAUGAUACAUAUUGGGAUUGGAUGGAGGCUGAUGAUUGAAGAGGAAUCUUCUGAUUUUUAUUUGUUUUUUUUUUAUCUUCAUUGUCUUCUUUCGAACAAUUUUGUGUUCUUGUGUAUGCUCUUGAGUUUUUAGUUUGUUUCAGUUUCAAGCUUCUGUAGUAUGCUAAGUACUAGAAACUAUAGUCUGAUACAAAGCUAUUUUAAUAUGUUAUAGUUCAAACUUAGUUUGUUUCGUUCCAAGCUUUUAUAUUAUCCAUUGUUGGGGAUUUUUUGUUAUAAGAAAAAGCCACCCUCUCCCAACCAAGGCCGUGAAUGAUUAUAAUGAUUGUUGGUUUGAUGUGUG